AUGGGACCACCUCGCCGAAAGAUGCUGGCUACAGCAGAGGAGACCUUGACCCCUCCCGACAACCUAUCCCCCACCCAGCAGAUCGUGCGCGCAAUCAAAGCCACCGGAAACAACAUUUACCUCGUCGAACAGACCGACAAGAAGCAAAUGUUGGUUGAAUUGCCCGCUCGAUUCCGCUCGACCAUCUGGAUCAAGCGCAGCUCGUACGUCGUGGUCGAUUCCAAGGGCCAGGAGGAGCGGGACAAUAAAAUUGCAGGAGAGAUUGUCAACGUUGUCAGGGAUGAGAAGGCUUGGAGAAAAGCUCCAUUCUGGCCCAAGGAAUUCGUGAAACAGCCCGUUGUGUUGGUUGGAUCUGACGACGAAGAGGAAGAGUCUCGUGUGGGCCAAAUGCCUUCUUCGGAUGAGUCCGACUGA